AUGGCCUCUCCCAAAAACAAGCGAGAAGUUCAAAGGUUGACCGGGAGGGUCGCAGCACUCAAUCGGUUUAUAUCCCGGUCGACAGACAAAUGCUUACCCUUCUACGAUGUCCUGCGGGGAAACAAAAAAUUCGAGUGGUCGGAUGAAUGCGAAGACGCUUUCAAACAGCUAAAGCACUAUCUGGCGACUCCUCCAGUUCUCGCAAAACCCGUAGAAGGGGAACCUUUAUUCCUAUACAUAGCAGUAUCAGCAACUGCCGUUAGCGGCGUCCUGAUCCGGGAAGAACGUGGGGAUCAGAAACCCAUCUUCUACAUAAGCAAAACACUGCUGGAAAAACUAGCGUACGCAGUCGUAACAUCGGCGCGGAAGCUUCGACCGUAUUUUCAAUCCCACACCAUCGUCAUCCUCACAACAUUCCCCAUCCGAACUAUCCUGCAUAGUCCGAGCCAGUCGGGGAGGUUAGCUAAGUGGGCCGUCGAACUCAGCGAGUACGAUAUAGACUAUCGCCCCAGAACGAGUGCAAAGUCUCAAGUCCUCGCGGAUUUCAUGUCGUCAAAACAAGGAUCCGGGAUCGGCAUCCGUCUGACGUCACCAACCGGAGAGAUCCUCGAAAAAUCAUUUAGAUUAGAGUUCCACGCGUCGAAUAACGAGGCAGAGUACGAAGCCCUUAUCGCAGGAUUACGAUUAGCCCACGGUUUGAAGAUACGAAAUAUCCACGAUUACUGCGACUCUCAACUGGCUGCGAGCCAGUAUAGCGGGGAGUACGAAGCCAGGGACGAAAGGAUGGAAGCAUACCUCAAACUAGUCCAAAACUUGUCCCAGGACUUUGAUUCUUUCGCCCUCAUCCGAAUUCCUCGUUCCGAGAAUACGCAAGCAGACGCACUCGCAGCCCUGACCUCAAGUUCCGAUCCGGGACUUAAAAGAGUAAUCCCGGUAGAGUUCAUUGAACAUCCGAGCAUUGGACCUCCCGUCAUCAUCAAUCUCAUUCGAGAUGAUAACGAGGAAGAAAUCGCAGUAGAAUCAGAAGAAACGCCAGAACAAAACGAAUAUGGCUGCGAUACGCCGUGGCUAGAGGCGAUACGAGCGUAUAUCAUCGACGGAAAAUUAUCUCUUGAGAAGUGGGCAGCUCGAAAAGUCCGAACCCAAGCCGCCCGUUAUGUAACGGUCGACGGAGAAAUUUACAAAUGGAAAUUCUCUGGACCACUCAUGACGUGUUUAGAAGGACAUAAGGCUAGAAAGGUAAUGGAAGAAGUUCACUCUGGUUCCUGCGGAAAUCAUUCCGGCGGAAGGUCGCUCGCCGUAAAAAUAAAACGCCACGGGUAUUACUGGCCAACAAUAAUCGGGGACUGCGAAAAAUUCACACGAAAAUGUGAAAAAUGCCAGAGGCAUGCUCCGACUAUUCGGCAACCUGCGGAAGAACUCUCCUCCAUUACGUCGCCAUAUCCUUUCAUACGCUAG